AAUAUGGCGGGAGACAAAACGUCCAAAACGUGAUGUCUUGACGGUCAUAUUUUGACGAGAAAUUACGGGUCGAUCGACUUAUUCCAGAUACAAUUCGAUGUAAUAUGUAGAUGAAAAUUUGGCGAGUGUAAAAGAGGCGAAGCUAUGAAAGUUUCAUACCCAUAAAUAACUUUCCCGAUAUGCCAUGUUGUCCUUCCAUCAUUGAACGAUCGCGAUCCUCUGGAAGAAUGUCAAAGACAGAGAUAUGUUCUGAUGAUACGCUGGGAUUGGAGCAACAGCAGGAUAAUAGACACUCAAGAACAUCUUCCAAGUUGGGAAAGGUUAUUCUAGGUGUGACAGGUGCAGCGGCAAUUGGACUUGUUCUGGUCACGACACCGUUUGUCACGCCUGCGUUACGCAAAAUCUGCUUGCCUUAUGUUCCAGCUACAGAAAGGCAAAUUUCUAAUAUUUUACUAAUGGCUCAAGUCUCCAAAUGUCCGGGAUCAAAGCUUGUAGACUUGGGCAGUGGGGAUGGAAGAGUGGUUUGUAUUUAUUCAAAACUACAUUUUCAUCCAAAAUUCUGUUCAGUCGGCCUGUCACACAAUCUUCUUAAAUCUUAGGUGUAGUGGUAAUCUGGGUCUCGGUCUGCAACUUAUACAAACCUCAUAGAGUACUAUUUUUUGGGGAUCGACCCAAAAACAAUUUAGAAGGGUUUGUAUGGAGUUUUCUAAGCAAGUAGGCCUCUUGGACAUUGUCCUUUCAGAAUAUCCCGACAAAUCCCAUAAUUUCAGAAAUUUCAUUUUUAUGACAUCGUCACUUUAGUACUCUAUUCUAAUUUACUAGACAAUCGAAGAGAGUUGGCAUAUUUAUAUAUGUUUCUGAUUGACAGGUAAUAGCUGCAGCCAAACAUGGCUACCAAGCUCAUGGUUAUGAGCUCAAUCACUGGCUUGUCUGGUAUUCAAGGAUCCAGGCCAGGAUACAAGGGCUGCAUGGGAAGGCCACAUUUUCAAGGGCUGACUUGUGGAAGGUAGGAAUUAACAAAACAUGUUGACUAACAGUAUGUACUACCUGGCCUAUCAUAAUAUCCGUGAGCUUUUCUAAUCUAAUCAAACUCUCCUCUGAUUCGGACAAUGUACUGAUGAAAAUCAUUCAGUUCUUACAUGUACCUGCUUGACUAAUGGCUGGGGAAUCAAAUCAGAAAUGGGUGUGCCAACGAUUAACCCUUGAAGUCCUAUGUAAUUUAUGGUGUUGUACUUCAAAUAUGUGUGCUCAGAAAAGACAUGGUCACUCAAGAUACAUGACCUUUGUUGAAGGCCUCAUUUUCUAUCAACUCCCCACAAAUUUUCUUUCCCUUAUUCCUUUCGGUAUUAAAGAUUAUCAGAGAGGUGAAAACCUCUGCAAAUCUGAAAUCUGAAGAUUUUCUCUUUGUGCUACCCCACUACCACCCUCCCCCCUCCCCCUCUUCCUAAACCCACCACACCCGACAAGGAAGCUCACCCCAACCCCAACACAUGCAUAAAUGUAAUCUGCUGAAGUAGCCUGUGUCAUAGGACAGGAAACAAAAGAAAUGAAGGGAGGUGGAUUAUAGUGUGUGGAGAGGUUUUUGUUCAGGCUUUUCAAUUAGGGGCUUUAUUUUACUGAUAUGCUUAUCAGAUUCAUCAAUUUCCUUUUCAGGUUGACCUUUCAACUUUCGACAAAAUUGUAAUAUUUGGAGUCUCUGAAAUGGUAAAUGUUUUUAAUAACACAAGUGUGCCUAUUUAGCAGAAUGUGCAUUGCCUCUCAUUUUCAAGCAUUUUAAAUGUUUAGUGUACCAGUAAUGUUCAUUAUAUUAGGCCGCUAUCACAUUUUGAUAUCACUAUGAUUAACUUCACUGUCAUUUUUUUUUCAUUCUAGAUGCAAAACCUUGAGGCAAAAUUCCGAGUGGAACUGAAAGAUGAUGCUGAAGUGCUUGCAUGUCGUUUUCCACUACCAAACUGGAAACCAACAAAAGUCAUUGAAGAAGGGAUUGACAGUGUGUGGUUGUAUCAAAAACAAAAAUAAUUAUACAUAAUGACUGAAGAUACCUAUCAAUGGUUCAUCAGUGCUUAAAAGCAAGUUUUCAUUCAUGUGCAGUAUUUGGCCGCAUUCUUUAUAAUACUGUAAUCUGAAUUUUGUGAUCAAAACAAAGUCAAUUUCCUCUAGUUAUCUACGACCACAGUAAUCAUAAACUGAAAUCCUGUGGCUUGUCAGCCUAUGUAGCAAGUGUUUCCGUGUGGUUUUGGAGCAAAAAACGAGGAACGAGAGUAAAAGACCACCCUAUUUCAUUUCUUGGCUCUUGUUCCAUUUUUCACACAGCCAAAAUAAA